AGGCGGAUGUCUUCGAAAUUGUUCUGCCGAUCACUGUCUUUGUGCUGAGCGAUGAUGAUUUUCUCCAAGAGGGUGCUGAGGAGCAAGCAGCGUCGCUUCCUGAGUUGAAGGGGGAGGAGGAGCAGGAGGUUAACUUAAACAAUAGCGUUUUCCUGGAAACCAAUGUGACACCUUCAAAUGACGGUAACAGUUUAAGCGUUUGGGAAGAGAGCAAGACUGCUUCAAAUAAGGAUAGCAGUAUGAAAUAUUCUGAAGAAAAAUGGGCUGCUGAGAGUGAGUGUAACAGAUCAAAAUCACCUUUAAGUGAUGCAGGCACAGAUGAAUGUAGUCAAAACUAUGUGUUGCCUACAUCGUCUUGCAAAGCAGAGCUUACAGAAAUAAACAAAACGAGUGACGGAAAAGAAUGUGAUGGUGAUGAUGGCUUUCAGAAGAUUCCUCCUCUCCUCUCCCCUCCUGGCAGUGAGGUUAGAGAUGAUACCAUCAAGACAAGCAAACAGUUGACAUUGGCAGCGAUAUCCAGACAAGAAGAGGAACCCGUCAGUGUUGCAGGUGUUCUUUCUGAUGGCAGUCAAGAGAAACAACCGGAAAUCCACGAGGACAUGGAGACAAGUGUUGAAACUGAAGGUAACUUAUUAAUAAGACUAGUGCAAGAGUUUAACAAAUCUGGUAAAUCUCAAUUUAAACUCCACCAUUCCAUAUCGCAAAUGGAAGUCCUUCAGGAAGAAAGAGUUCUUAAUGGGUGUUCUCUUACUUCAGAAGAAUUGCUAAAAGACACAGGGAAACCGGAGAUGAAAGCUUCCACUUCUGCUGAAUCAAAUACUACUGGAGAGCACAUUUAUAAGACAUUAACACCAUUUCUGAAAAAAAGAUAUCGGCAACAAAAAGUUGUUUCUCCUCAUGCAAGCCCAGAAGAAUUCCAAAGCCAGCAAGAAGGAUUUUUGUUCAUCACAUGA